UGUCAGCUAGCUUAACACAGUCAUGUUCUAGUGGAGACUUGAGUUUAGGGAAAAGACACACUUUAGCCCGACUGUCAAUCACAAUUAAGGAACCAUGGGAGUAAACUGCUAGCGAAGCUCGGUGUAAGCUCUGUGUUUACGUCCAAAGGUCGCUUUAAAUCGAGCAUUAUGCAGCGGUACGCUGUGGGACGUUUGCAGCCGACCUCGCCAACUGGGAUUUCUCGCUCCACUGUGGAAUGGAAUUAGCAUGGAACGUUAUAGUUAAGAAAACAAACAAACAGAAAAACUUCACUAGACUCCUUGUUGUUUUGUCGCCUCAGCGUUUCAAAGUACGCGGAUUAGCGUUUAUCUUCGUCUAAAAAGCGACACGGAGGAGGACUGCGCCCGCUCCGAGCGUGGGAAACAGUGCGUGGAUUUGACUACAACUAGUGGGAAUCUGUUGUGUUCAUUUCUGAGAAACUACCCUGCUCUCUGUCGGCGGACGGAGACACUCCCCAGAUCAGGCGAAGCCAAACGGCCACCGACCGCUGGGAGUCCGGCGCGCAGGGAGAAGAGAUGAGUGGGGGAGAGGUGGUGUGUUCAGGCUGGCUGCGAAAGUCUCCUCCUGAAAAAAAGUUGAGACGUUACGCAUGGAAGAAGCGGUGGUUUAUUCUUCGCAGUGGCCGAAUGACAGGCGACCCAGAUGUGCUGGAGUACUACAAGAAUGACACUGCCAAAAAGCCCAUUCGAGUGAUCGACCUGAACUUAUGUCAACAAGUGGAUGCUGGGCUGUCGUUCAGGAAGAAAGACUUGGAGAACAGCUUCAUAUUCGACAUCAAGACGAUCGACCGCGUUUUCUACCUGGUGGCCGACACCGAAGAAGACAUGAAUAAGUGGGUGCGCAACAUCUGCGACAUCUGUGGUUUUAACCCUACUGACGAGGAUGUCUUGUUCUCUGUGACAGAGUUAGAUAAUUCAAAAAAUCUUCAGCCGUCAGGCGCUGUCGUGGACACUCCUCCACACCCAUCUUUAGUUAAUAUGGUCGGCCCGGUACCGUCUUUGCUGGGCGUCGUCCCUCCUCCAUACCAGCCGGUCAGCGUGCGACACCUAGACUCUCAGUCCAGCUCAGAGGACCCGCAGGAUUACCUGUGGCUCGCCAACUGUGAGAGCAAAAAGCCUGAAACCUACAGAGCCCAGGCAGAGUACUCCAAGUCUACCUCUUCAGAGACGGACCUGAAUGACAACCUCCCAUCCCACCGCACGCCCCCAUCCGCCACCUCCUUACCCAAACACACCUCGCACAACGGCUUCUUCCCACAGCACCAGCCUCCAGCUUCCGCUCCUUCCUUCUACGACUCGCCUCCCUCGCGCGGCACCUCCACCUCGUCCGACGCUGGCAUCUAUCACCUCCCUCGCAGCUACUCGCAGGACACGGUGCUGCUCCCGAAGUCUGCCACCUCCCCGCCGACCAACCCGGACGGCGGGGACGAAUCUGGACUUUACGUCUUCAACAUACCACUGAGGAAGACGUCAUUCGUGGAGUCGCACAUGCGGAAUCUUUCCGUCAGCUACGACAUCCCUCCCACGCCCGGCGCCAACUCCACCUACCAGGUCCCCCGCACGAUGUCGACGUCGACGGGUGUCGGAGGCUCGGAGGGCGGGGGCGAUGUCGUCCCCCCUCCCAGACCGCCCAAACCUUCACUCAGCUCCACCUCAGGGCUCCCGCCGCCCCCCGCUGAGCGCUCGCCUACGGACACCUACUGCGUGCCUCGCUCGGCCUCGGAGACGGACGGAAAUUACUGCGUGCCGACGAGCGCCGGGAGCAAAGCUCUACGCAGCAACACGAUCGGCACGAUGGACUGUUCACGGCUCCGCAAAGAUUUUGGAUCACAGGACUUCUAUGACAUUCCCAGAUCAUUCUCCUCAGACAAAAGCUGUUCGUUUGACUUCAAUGAAAGCUUCAACAGCUACUUUGACUCACAGAAGAGCAAAGGGAUGAUGCCGCUGAGCAGCCACUCUAUGGAGGAGGUGGAGCAGAACUACGUCCCCAUGAGCGCCAAUUCGCCGUCGCAUCACCACUCGGGCAGUUUGUCCGAGCCAAUGCACGAAACGAACUAUGUCCCCAUGACUCCCAGCACCAUGGAGUUCUCCUCCCUGGGAAAACAGGUGCCCCCGCCCGCCCACAUGGGCUUCCGCUCCAGUCCGAAGACCCCGCCCCGCCGGCCGGUGCCCAACGAGUGCCAGCCCCCGCCUGUGGACCGAAACCUCAAGCCUGAUCGUAAAGGUCAGAGUCCUAAAAUAAUAAGAGCAAAGGUUGUCGGUUUAGAGCGAACCGACUCUCAAACCGUAGGUGAAUUCCCGAGGGGACGACGCAAGGGAAGACCUGCACCAUUAGAGAUCAAACCACUACCAGAAUGGGAGGAGCCCUGCACACCUGUCCGCUCACCUGUCACACGCUCAUUUGCUAGAGAUCUCUCUAGGUUUCCAAUGCCGGCGAGACCCUCGUCAGUGCAUAGCACGGCCUCCAGCACUGACUCCGAGGACAUUGCAGAGAAUUAUGUAGAAAUGGACCCUAAUUUACCCACAGACGAACCAAUGAUGAAGAUGGCGGCACCAUUGCCUGUGGAUGGUGGGAGUAGCCCCAUGGUGAAGCCCAAAGGAGAUAAACAGGUGGAGUACUUGGAUUUGGAUCUUGAAUCUGGCAAGUCUACCCCACCUCGGAAGAUGAAAAACAAUGGAACCGGCAUUUCUGCAUCAGACGAGCGUGUUGACUACGUGGUUGUGGACCAACAACGCACACAAGCCCUGAAGAGCACCAGGGAGGCAUGGAGUGAAGACCGCGUAUUCACAGAGACAGAUACCCUCUCCAAAGCACCCAAAUGAGCCCGUUCCAGACCACCAACCCACCUUCUGAACCUCCAGGCUGCCGGGCCUGGGACGCUUUCCACAGAACGAGAGCCGGUGGCUCAUCUGACGUCAGGCCCAGCAGAACGCGUGUGUCCGUCUUCUCGCGCGACGCGGGCCAUGAAUAAGCUUUAUGCCCCAUGAAAGCAGGCAUAUGAACUGAACUUGUCUUUCUGGGGUUUGACUUAAACAGACUAUGAACUUUAAACAUUCACUGCCUUCGAUGAGGAUUAAGGGCUGUUUUUCCACUCGUCUGUCCCGACACCUGUUGGCUAAUCCAGCGUUAACAUUUCCUUUCGUUGUAAAGCUGUUAGGCGUUGCUUUUGAGGUGUAAAUGAAAUCCCAUGACAACAUAAUCACGACUCCUUGCGAAUGCAACUGUACUAAAUAGCAGCGCAGGUUUAACAGUGUUGAAUUUUCAGUUUCUGGUGUUUUUAUCUGGGGGAGGUUUUAUUCCACACUAUUUUUACUUUUUAAUGUACGCCAAAUGUAGCGCCUUGCAAAAAUAUUCACACCCGGAGAACUUUUCCACAUCCUGUCAGGCUAAACCACAAACCUGAAAGUAUUUUUUAUUGAGUUUUUAUGUGGUAAACCGACACAAAUUAGUGCAUAAUUGUGGAGCGGAAAGAAAAUGAGCUUUUGAUCUCUGCUGUCUUGUUUUCGACCUGUGAGUUUUUGAGGCUGGCCAUGUUUUGGCAUGGUAGUUUUGCCAAAACAUGGCAAAACUACCAUGUUUUGGUAGUUUUGCAGCUGCUUAGUUAGAGCAUUGAAUAAUGCUUAUUAAUGGGAAAUUACACUAUUACUUAAUCCUUCAAACCUCUGAACCUCCUCUGAUGUUCUCUAAUAAACCUCUUUAAAUACGAAUUUAGUUUUUCCUGAUGGCAAGUUGUUGCUCUGGAUGUAUCAUGUACAGGAAAUUGAGUGAGUUGAGGUUCUCAGUUUGAUACUCAUUCCUUCGAAUAAAAUGUCUGCCAAGUCAGUGUGAGUGCAGCUGUGUUGUGGAGGGAAGUCCUGAAAGUGUGGAGUCCAAAUGCACUCCACACUUUUCUGAUUUUUUUGUCAAAAAAAAAAUAUUUUUAAACCAUGUUCCGCUUCACAAUUAUGCAUUACAUCGUUGCAGUCUAUUAUAUAAAUUUCCAGUAAAAUACCCUGCAAUCUGACAAAAUGUGAAAAGAUUUAGACGUCUGAAUAUUUUUGCAAAGCAUCGUAGAUCAGAUCAGCCUCACGUCGACUCCAAGCAGGAUCCAGAGUUGAUGCGUUAAACCCGGAUCCCGUAUGAUGGACCGAUUCUUGGAAUUCAAAGGCAGUCGAACAUAACCAAGUGCUAAAAGUAAGCUUUAGAUUUACUUAAAUUUUAAUCACUGAAUCCGAUCAGAUUUCCAUUUGUUCUGUAAGUGGGAAAGUUUCUGUCUGUUUCUGGAAGUGAAAAACUGUACAGAAGUGUUUUGUGUAUAUAGACAGGAAAAAAAAGUGUCCUUUUUAUUUGUAUGAAAUCUCCACCGUGUUUUUGACUCGAAGGUAAUCGGAUUCUGCAGGGUGGAAUUCUUUACCGGUCUUCGAUGGUUUUCAGGAUUGUGAUUUAAUGAAUGAUGACUGAGUUUUUAAAGAGUGUGACAAGUUUUCUAUAAGUUAUGCAAAGGCAUUACAGCGGGGUCACAGAGAGAAAAUCAGGUACUUAUUUUUUUUUUUUUAUAAAUGUACACUAAUGCAACUUUCCUUCUCUAAUUUAUUUCUGGAGUAAUUUCAUCGUGUCGACGUCAUGACCGGUUUUCGCUCAGUAUUCUUGAUUCAAAUGGGGGAACAUUAGCUGGAGUUUAGUUUGACAUCCGCUGAGAAAUUAAGAGUCAGAAAUCCAUUUCUCCUUUCUCUUCUGCUCGUCUUUCUGCUCGUGAGUUUAAUUUAUUUUAAACUGAACUGGCACAAAGUUUUGAGAAAUUGACUGCCUCAACUAGAUGGCUCUAAAACAGCUGAAAUAUUCUGCCUCCAUACAUCUGGCUUUACUAAGCCCAUCAUCAUCAUCUCUCCCUGAGAAAUCCCAAGCAUGUUGCUACCAUAAAAUCAAACUGUUGCUGUAAAUAGUUUGCCAUCAGCUGUAUUAACACAUAUCUCUUAAAAGACCUACCUACAGAGUCAUUUUCCUUUGACUUCCGUCUUUCCGUGUUGCAGGUUCUUUGUGAUGCAGGCUGCAGAACUGAUGAUGUUUUCUAACGAAUCUCAAGUGAAAAUUAAAAUUUGAAAACUGAACUAAUAAAAACCAUCAUCUUA